CAUUAUGCCAGUUCGCCACCUGCUUGGAGAGUAGAGUAAGAAUUCAACAAGACGUAGAAAACGGAACAAAACAUGGCAGAGCAAGUUAGUAGUGAAACAUUGGAAGACAGGUCGGACUCUGCUGCAGUGUUGCAGGACCUUCGAAGUGUUCUGGUCACCAGCGUGCUUAACCUGGAGAAGCUGGAGAUAGAUCUGUACAGGUAGCUAGCACAUUGUUAGCCUGCCCAACACUCACCUUUGGCCUACUAUUAACAGAUUAGGACAGCCAGCUCGCUAGCUAGCUACUGCUCGACAUUUACCUCUUGUUGUUUAGUUGUACUGUGGCAAUGUCAAGUUUUAAUUGUGAUGCAACUCAGUAUAAACUUGUGCUCCCUCAUCUGGUAAAUUCAGGUUCUAACUGUGUGUGUGUGUGUGUGUGUGUGUGUGUGUGUCUCUCUGUCUGCGUUACAGAGGGACUCACCACUGGGUGCCCCGUAGCCGUCGCCUGUUUGGGGGUCAAAUCAUUGGUCAGGCCCUGGUGGCGGCAGCAGAGUCGGUCAGUGACAACGUAUUCGCUCACUCUCUCCACUGCUACUUCGUACGGGCAGGUGAGGAGCAGACAUUCCGUUAACAUUACCACAAUAUUACAACAAUACCACAUGUUAUACAGACAAUUGUGUGCUUCUGCAUUGCUUGCUGUUUGGGGUUUUAGGCUGGGUUUCUGUAUAAGCACUUUGUGACAUCUGCUGAUGUAAAAAGGGCUUUAAAUAAAUGUCAUUGAUGGAACCAUAACUUCAUACUGGGCCAGUGAGGAUCUGACAUUCAGUCAACAUUACCACAACAUCCCACAGAUUAUACAGUCAACAUUACCACAACAUCCCACAGAUUAUACAGUCAACAUUACCACAACAUCCCACAGAUUAUACAGUCAACAUUACUACAACAUCCCACAGAUUAUACAGUCAACAUUACCACAGGUUAAACCAGGGGUUAUCAAAUCUUACCCUAGGAGGUCUGUAGUACUGCAGGUUUCCUGUUCUACCUGAUCAUUAAUUGCACCCACCUGGUGUCCCAGGUCUAAAUCAGUCCCUGAUUAGAGGGGAAUCACCCACCUGGUGUCCCAGGUCUAAAUCAGUCCCUGGUUAGAGGGGAAUCACCCACCUGGUGUCCCAGGUCUAAAUCAGUCCCUGGUUAAAGGGGAAUCACCCACCUGGUGUCCCAGGUCUAAAUCAGUCCCUGAUUAGAGGGCAAUCACCCACCUGGUGUCCCAGGUCUAAAUCAGUCCCUGGUUAGAGGGGAAUCACCCACCUGGUGUCCCAGGUCUAAAUCAGUCCCUGGUUAGAGGGGAAUCACCCACCUGGUGUCCCAGGUCUAAAUCAGUCCCUGGUUAAAGGGGAAUCACCCACCUGGUGUCCCAGGUCUAAACCAGUCCCUGGUUAGAGGGGAAUCACCCACCUGGUGUCCCAGGUCUAAACCAGUCCCUGGUUAGAGGGGAAUCACCCACCUGGUGUCCCAGGUCUAAAUCAGUCCCUGGUUAAAGGGGAAUCACCCACCUGGUGUCCCAGGUCUAAACCAGUCCCUGGUUAGAGGGGAAUCACCCACCUGGUGUCCCAGGUCUAAAUCAGUCCCUGGUUAGAGGGGAAUCACCCACCUGGUGUCCCAGGUCUAAAUCAGUCCCUGGUUAGAGGGGAAUCACCCACCUGGUGUCCCAGGUCUAAAUCAGUCCCUGGUUAGAGGGGAAUCACCCACCUGGUGUCCCAGGUCUAGAUCAGUCCCUGAUUAGAGGGGAAUCACCCACCUGGUGUCCCAGGUCUAAAUCAGUCCCUGAUUAGAGGGGAAUCACCCACCUGGUGUCCCAGGUCUAAACCAGUCCCUGGUUAGAGGGGAAUCACCCACCUGGUGUCCCAGGUCUAAAUCAGUCCCUGGUUAGAGGGGAAUCACCCACCUGGUGUCCCAGGUCUAAAUCAGUCCCUGGUUAAAGGGGAAUCACCCACCUGGUGUCCCAGGUCUAAAUCAGUCCCUGAUUAGAGGGGAAUCACCCACCUGGUGUCCCAGGUCUAAAUCAGUCCCCUGGUUAGAGGGGAAUCACCCACCUGGUGUCCCAGGUCUAAAUCAGUCCCUGGUUAAAGGGGAAUCACCCACCUGGUGUCCCAGGUCUAAAUCAGUCCCUGGUUAGAGGGGAAUCACCCACCUGGUGUCCCAGGUCUAAACCAGUCCCUGGUUAGAGGGGAAUCACCCACCUGGUGUCCCAGGUCUAAACCAGUCCCUGGUUAGAGGGGAAUCACCCACCUGGUGUCCCAGGUCUAAAUCAGUCCCUGGUUAGAGGGGAAUCACCCACCUGGUGUCCCAGGUCUAAAUCAGUCCCUGGUUAGAGGGGAAUCACCCACCUGGUGUCCCAGGUCUAAAUCAGUCCCUGGUUAGAGGGGAAUCACCCACCUGGUGUCCCAGGUCUAAACCAGUCCCUGGUUAGAGGGGAAUCACCCACCUGGUGUCCCAGGUCUAAAUCAGUCCCUGGUUAAAGGGGAAUCACCCACCUGGUGUCCCAGGUCUAAAUCAGUCCCUGAUUAGAGGGGAAUCACCCACCUGGUGUCCCAGGUCUAAACCAGUCCCUGGUUAGAGGGGAAUCACCCACCUGGUGUCCCAGGUCUAGAUCAGAAAGUUCAGCCCUAACUCUCCUAACCUAUAACCCCUGACCCUAACUCUCCUAACCUAUAACCCCUGACCCUAACUAUCCUAACCUAUAACCCCUGACCCUAACUCUCCUAACCUAUAACCCCUGACCCUAACUCUCCUAACCUAUAACCCCUGACCCUAACCUAUAGCCCCUGACCCUAACUCUCCUAACCUAUAGCCCCUGACCCUAACCUAUAACCCCUGACCCUAACCUAUAGCCCCUGACCCUAACCUAUAGCCCCUGACCCUAACUCUCCUAACCUAUAGCCCCUGACCCUAACCUAUAGCCCCUGACCCUAACUCUCCUAACCUAUAACCCCUGACCCUAACUCUCCUAACCUAUAACCCCUGACCCUAACCUAUAACCCCUGAUCCUAACCUAUAGCCCCUGACCCUAACCUAUAGCCCCUGACCCUAACCUAUAGCCCCUGACCCUAACUCUCCUAACCUAUAACCUCUCUCCUCUGGCCUGUGUGCCAGGAGACCCCAAGGUACCGGUGCUGUACCAGGUGGAGAGGACCAGGGACGGUCGUAGUUUCAGCGUGCGGUCAGUGAAGGCCAUCCAACACGGUCAGCCCAUCCUCAUCUGCCAGGCCUCCUUCCACAGUAACCAGCCCUCUCCUCUGCAGCACCAGUUCACCAUGCCCUCUGUCCCCCCUCCCGAAGACCUGCUGACGGUGGAAGAACUCAUACAGCGCUACCUCAGGUAAUAAAACCGUUAUAACCAGCGGUUGGAACCAAAAUUAUUUUCCAAUUGUUUCGUUCUGAUGAGAACCAUUGUUUUUAAAAUUUCAGUUCCGCUGUUCCGACCAGCAAAAUCAAGUUCUGAACCGUUCAAAACAAAAAAAAGUACUGUUUUUUAUAUUGUUCCUUUCUGUUCCUUUUUAAACAUCUGAAAUAUAUACAGUAUAUUUUUUACAUUUAGCUCAACAUUAAAUGACUUCACCAAUCAGAGCGGCUUGCUGUGGAGCGGGUCAGCCAUUUAAUCUGUAUAGGAAAGUCUUUAAGAGCAAAUUGUAUUUUGCCGUAACAGCAUGGUUUAACCAUAAUGAAACACACACGCACACUGUGCUGCCAGUCACAGUGUAGGGCCUGAGAUGCAAAUGAAGGGUGAGGAUGUAGCUCAGUUGGGAGAGCAUGGUGUUUGCAACGCCAGGGUUGUGGGUUCGAUUCCCAUGGGGGGCCAGUAUGAAAAAAUAAUGUAUGUACUCACUAACUGUAAGUGGCUCUGGAUAAGAGCGUCUGCUAAAUGACUAAAAUGUCAAAUGUAAAGGAGAGAGCGAGAGAGGAUGGAGGAAGCUUGCCUUACAUUUACAUUUUACAUUUUAGUCAUUUAGCAGACGCUCUUAUCCAGAGCGACUUACAGGAGCAAUUAGGGUUAAGUGCCUUGCUCAAGGGCACAUUAACGUCAUUUAGCAGACGCUCUUAGCCAGGGCGACUCACAAAUUGGUGCGUUCACCCUAUAGCCAGUGGGAUAACCACUUUACAAUUUGGGGGGGGGAGGGGGGUAGAAGCAUUACUUUAUCCUAUCCCAGGUAUUCCUUAAAGAGGUGGGGUUUCAAAUGUCUCCGGAAGGUGGUGAGUGACUCCGCUGUCCUGGCGUCGUGAGGGAGCUUGUUCCACCAUUGGGGUGCCAGAGCAGCGAACAGUUUUGACUGGGCUGAGCGGGAGCUAUGCUUCCGCAGAGGAAGGGGAGCCAGCAGGCCAGAGGUGGAUGAACGCAAUGCCCUCGUUUGGGUGUAGGGACUGAUCAGAACCUGAAGGUACAGAGGUGCCGUUCCCCUCACUGCUCCAUAGGCAAGCACCAUGGUCUUGUAGCGGAUGCGAGCUUCAACCUUGAAGCGCUGGGCAUCUUGUAAUGCAUUAUCUGAAUAAUGUCCACGAAUUAUACCUACGGAGGAGUAGCUUCUAUGGAUGAACUUUGAAUAUCUUUGAACUAGACUUGUGCGGUAUCCAGAUUGUCACACCUUCAUACCGACCUUGUGCCGUACUGGGAUAUUCAAUAAUACCGGCUCUGAACACAAGGGGCGCUGUUUUCAAACCCCGCUCAGCCUCUGUAAUCCCAAGUUUAGCAAUGCUAACAAGUACAUGUAAAAAUCCCAUAGAGAACGCUAACUAAAUGCUAACGAGCACAUUGCAAACAUUUUAUACAGUCUCUGACCUAAACUAUACAAGUAACUCAAAAAUGCUACUCACAGUUUGCUGCAAGCACAAAACAAAUAUUAGACAGCAAGGCUCUUGAUCCAGGAGGAGAUUCUCUGCUGUUACCAAGAGAAGAUUGAUUUUGGAAGAAGCUAACCACUUAGCUAGAUAGCAAACCAGCUACUAAAUUAGCAAACCAAAUGCUCAACUGCAGAGCAUUUAGCAUAUUUAAUAGUUCUGAGAUAUCUAGCUGGCAAACGUUUAGUUGGGAAUUCCUUCCUGUAACUAGAUCACCUGACGUGUGCUGCACAACAGUGAGACUCACAAGACUCCGGGCUCUGGUCAUGGUCUGCUUGUAAAUAAACACUACGAGACUCCGGGCUCUGGUCAUGGUCUGCUUGUAAAUAAACACUACGAGACUCCGGGCUCUGGUCAUGGUCUGCUUGUAAAUAAACACUACGAGACUCCGGGCUCUCGUCAUUGUCUGCUUGUAAAUAAACACUACGAGACUCCGGGCUCUCGUCAUUGUCUGCUUGUAAAUAAACACUACGUGGCUGGAAUACAUUUCAAUUAACAGGUGUGCCUUCUUAAAUUUAUUUCCUUCUUAAUGCGUUUGAGCCAAUCAGAAGACAGCCCUAUUUUGGUAAAAGACCAAGUCCAUAUUAUGGCAAGAACAGCUCAAAUAAGCAAAGAGAAACGAUAGUCCAUCAUAACUUUAAGACACGAAGGUCAGUCAAUAUGGAACAUUUCAAGAACUUUGAAAGUUUCUUCAAGUGCAGUCGCAAAAACCAUCAAGCGCUAUGAUGAAACUGGCUGGUUUACUACAUGAUUCCAAAUGUGUUAUUCAAUAGUUUUGAUGUCUUCACUAUUAUUCUACAAUGUAGAAAAUAGUAAAAAUAAAGAAAAACCCUUGAAUGAGUAGGUGUGUCCAAAGUUUUGACUGGUACAGACAGACAGACAGACUCACUCCGACAUUGCUCGUCCAAAUAUUUCUAUAUUUCUUAAUUCCAUUGAUUUAGUUUUAGAUGUGUGUGUAUUGUUAGAUACUACUGCACUGUUGGAGCUAGGAACACAAGCAUACACCCACAAUAACAUCUGCUAAACAUGUGUAUGCGACCAAUAAAAUUAGAUUUGUUACAACACGUACGGGACCACGCUAUAACACUGUUAAAUUGUAUUACUGUUAAUUACACCAAUAUAGUUAAUACACCACCCUCCUGGAGGUAGCAGGUAGCUUAGUGGUUAAGAGCGUUGUGCCAGUAACCGAAAGGUCGCUGGUUCUAAUCCCAGAGCCGACUAGGUGAAAAAUCUGUUGAUGUGCCCUUGAGCAAGGCACUUAACCCUAAUUGCUCCUGUAAGUGGCUCUGGAUAAGAGCGUCUGUUAAAUUACUAACAUGUAAAAUAUAAGACCUGUUAACACUUCAUACCAUGACAUUGGAGAAUAUUAGUUUCUGAUUGGCUUCAAUGGCAUUCUAAAGCGUGCAUCGUUUCCCUAUAAUGCAUGGCAAUAAUUAACGGCUGAGUUUGUUGGUUAUUUACGAUGGUCCUGGUUCUGUGUAACUCAGUCGGUAGCGCGUGGCGUAAAAGAGGUCUCCUAGAAGUUCCGUCCGAACUGAUAGUUUCAACAUUCUGUGUGUGUUCCAGUAAGCCGGACUUGGCUGAAAAAGCCAAACAGGGCCUGAACAAGCUGCUAGCCGACGAGGUUCCCAUAGAGAUUAAACCUGUCAGUCCUCUAGACCUCUACUGCGGCGUUGCCAUGGAACCCAAGAAGUUGUACUGGGUGCGCGCUAGAGGCCACAUCGGUAAGAUACUGACCCUCUUCCAGGGCUGCCCAUCUCUCUUCCUGGAGAUCUACAGUCCUGUAGUUUUCAGUCCAACCCUAACCUACACCAUACCUGGUUCAGAUAUUGGUAAGCAGCUAAUUAUUAGAAUCAGGUGAUUUAAAUUAGGGUUGGAGUGAAUCUACAGGAGGAGCUCACCAGGAAGAGAGCUGCUCUAACCAGUCCUGCUCUAACCAGCCCUGCUCUAACCAGCCCUGCUCUAUCCAGCCCUGCUCUAACCAGCCCUGCUCUAACCAGCCCUGCUCUAUCCAGCCCUGCUCUAUCCAGCCCUGCUCUAACCAGCCCUGCUCUAACCAGCCCUGCUCUAACCAGCCCUGCUCUAACCAGCCCUGCUCUAUCCAGCCCUGCUCUAACCAGCCCUGCUCUAACCAGCCCUGCUCUAUCCAGCCCUGCUCUAUCCAGCCCUGCUCUAUCCAGCCCUGCUCUAUCCAGCCCUGCUCUAUCCAGCCCUGCUCUAACCAGCCCUGCUCUAUCCAGCCCUGCUCUAUCCAGCCCUGCUCUAACCAGCCCUGCUCUAUCCAGCCCUGCUCUAACCAGCCCUGCUCUAACCAGCCCUGCUCUAACCAGCCCUGCCAGGGGAGAUGCAGUAAGCUUUACUGUGUGUUGUGUGUGUGUGUCGGUUACCCCAGGUAAAGGUGAUAUGAAGCUCCAUUGCUGUGUGGCAGCCUAUGUGUCAGACUAUUCGUUCCUGGGCACUGCCCUCCUCCCUUACCCCGGGCAGCGCACCAGUUUCUCAGCCUCUCUGGAUCACGCCAUGUGGUUCCACAACACCUUCAGGGCAGACGAAUGGAUGCUCUACGAGACUGAGAGCUCCUGGGCAGGUACAGAGACAGACACACACACACAGAGAGAGAGACCGGUACAGAGACAUAGAGAGAGACAUGUACAGAGACACAUAGAGAGAGACAGUUACAGAGACACAUAGAGAGAGACAGGUACAGAGACACAUAGAGAGAGACGGGGACAGAGACACAUAGAGGGAGACAGGUACAGAGACACAUAGAGAGAGAAACAGGUACAGAGACAUAGAGAGAGACGGGUACAGAGACACAGAGAGACAGGGACAGAGACACAUAGAGAGAGACGGGUACAGAGACACAUAGAGAGAGAAACAGGUACAGAGACACAGAGAGAGAGACGGGUACAGAGACACAGAGAGAGACGGGUACAGAGAGACAGGGACAGAGACACAUAGAGAGAGACAGGUACAGAGACACAUAGAGAGAGACAGUUACAGAGACACAUAGAGAGAGACAGGUAUGGACACACAUAGAGAGAGACGGGGACAGAGACACAUAGAGAGAGACAGGUACAGAGACACAUAGAGAGAGACAGGUACAGAGACAUAGAGAGAGACAGGUACAGAGACACAUAGAGAGAGACAAGUACAGAGACACAUAGAGAGAGACAGGUAUAGAGACACAUAGAGAGAGACAGGUAGAGAGACACAUAGAGAGAGACAGGUACAGAGACACAUAGAGAGAGACAGGUACAGAGACACAUAGAGAGAGACAAGUACAGAGACACAUAGAGAGAGACAAGUACAGAGACACAUAGAGAGAGACAGGUAUGGACACACAUAGAGAGAGACAGGUAUGGACACACAGAGACACUGGGACAGAGACAUGGAGAGAGAGAGACAGGGACAGAGACAUAGAGGGAGAGACAGGGACAGACACAUGGAGAGAGACAGGUAUGGACAUAGAGAGAGACACGCGGACACGCAAAGUUACAGACAGGAGCAUUUACCUUCCAGCUGGUCCUCUGUGUUAGUCUCCCCACAUGCUAGCUGUUUCUCUGUGUUAGUCUCCCCACAUGCUAGCUGGUCCUCUGUGUUAGUCUCCCCACAUGCUAGCUGGUCCUCUGUGUUAGUCUCCCCACAUGCUAGCUGGUCCUUUGUGUUAGUCUCCCCACAUGCUAGCUGGUCCUCUGUGUUAGUCUCCCCACAUGCUAGCUGGUCCUCUGUGUUAGUCUCACCACAUGCUAGCUGGUCCUCUGUGUUAGUCUCCCCACAUGCUAGCUGGUCCUCUGUGUUAGUCUCCCCACAUGCUAGCUGGUGUUUUGUCCUUGCGUUCGUGUGCAUGUGUUUGUGUGUCCACCAGGUGGCAGCAGAGGGCUGGUCCAGGGGCGUCUGUGGAGGAGAGACGGGGUGCUGGCUGCCAGCUGUGCCCAGGAGGGGGUGCUCAGGGUCAACGCCGUGACGAACGAGAGCAAGCUAUAACCAUGACAACAUUUCCCUUGAGACCGUUACAUGGCUGAUGAAGACUAUGGCUGCAUUUACACAGGCAGCCCAAUUCUGAUCUCUUUUCCGCUAAUUGGUCUUUUGACCAAUCACAUCAGAUAUUUGUCAGAGCUAAUCUGAUUGGUCAAAAGACCAAUUAGUGAAAGAAAGAUCAGAAUUGGGCUGCCUGUGUAAAGAGAGACACGCCAUGCCGACGAACGGCUAAAACCAGCUUUUGGCUGCGGUGUUAGUGAUCACCUGCUGGGUGUCGACGAACGGUUCAACCUCAUCCCCAGCCUUCAUCCCCAGCCUUCAUCCCCAGCCUUCAUCCCCAGCCUUCAUCCCCAGCCUUCAACUUCAGCAUCUUAGCAUCUACAACCUACUGA